AUGUAUGAUAUUGUGAUAGUAGCACUUGUUAGUUUCACUCAUGAUCGUAAAAUAAUAGGGAACGAUUCGCUUCUAAGAACAAUAAAAACAGCAAAGGAAACUUUGGCAAGAGUGGAGCAACAGGAAAAGGACUUUUAUCAACUCUGUGGACAAUGUGAAAGCGACGUGUUGCGGAAUAUUAUCUUAGUACAACAACGUGAAAUUUAUAUGAAAGAAAAGUGUUUGAAACGAUUCGAUCGCUGUGUAGACAAUGUAAAUAAUCAUCUAAAAGUUAUGGAAGGUGAAGCACUUGCUGCUAUUUCUGCUUCUUGCAUCUCAGAAACAAGUACUGGAACACAUAAUUCUUCUGUGAAAAGAAAUAAAGAUGAUAAAUUGGCAGAUGAUUCUUCACCAACUACCGAUUUGCCGGUCGAUGUUUCGCAGCAAAUAGCUGAAAUUGGUGAAGAAUUGAACAAGUUAGAAGAACAAGUUGAUGGCAUUGAAAUACGUGUAAAAGAUGAUUUAGAAGCAGAACAGAUCGACAUUACAUUUCCGAUAACAGAAAUCAUUGAUUGCAUGACAGCAUUGAAAGUCACAAUGUUCAAACGUCAUUCAUUAACUAAGCAGUUGCACAAUAUUGUUUUGAGUAAUAAUAAAUUCGUAGAAGAAGCGAAGAUCAUGAAAAAAGGUUAUGCCAUAUGGACGAAAGAGGAACGUGAAGAUCUGUUGAACAAAUUGGCAUUGCUUGAGAAGUCACUUGCACAUCUUGAGCAAUUUCCUUUAAUUCGGAACAAUGAAUUCAGCAGAUACUACCCUCUGACAAAUGACUUAGCCAUUCUCAAACGUACGAUUGUACGUUUCUUGGAUAAGUUCGAGGUAAAAAUGAAAUCUGAUUUCAAAACUUCUACAUCCAUGAAACAAACGUGUCAGCACCAGUGCACAAUAAACUGUCUACAAAAUGAGAUUGCUGCUUAA